AUGUAUGAUCUUACUGUUUUAGAAGACAUACAACAAGAGCUUGAUAAACAACACACAUUACAAGCCCAAAAAGAAUUUGAAUUGGCUAUUGAAGGUUUUAAUAGAAUUAAAAAUCUUCUCAAUCAGAGAGAUGAUUUAUUGUUGUCUAAACAAGAGGACGGUCUUUUUACUGAGUUUUGGACCAAAGCAUUUGAAAAUUUUGGAGUUAAUGAAGAAAUUUUGCCAUAUAUUGACUCUAAAUUAGAUCUAUCAUGGCUUAAAUCUUUUAAAGUCGAAUAUAGAAAGGAGUAUAUUUGUUGUAUAAAAAUAGAACUAUUUCCUAAUGAAUAUAUUGAGAAUGAAUAUCUUGAGAAGAAAAUGGGAGCAAAUGAAAUUGAGUCUACUAAGGUUAUAUGGAAAAAUAACGAUAAAUGUAUUUUUUUUCAAUUUUUUGAUACAGACGAUGAUGAUUGGGAGGUGUUUGAUUUUAUGUAUGAGGUUUAUAGGGAUGCAUAUUAUUGGUAUAGCUUAGAAAGCGAAUAA